AUUGGCCGGCCGCGACAUCGAUCACCGGGCCGCCGCUGCGCCCGGGCGGUUCGUCAGCAGCUGGAGCGGCGCAGAGGACACUGAGGGCGGGUUCAGGCACCAGCUGCAGAUCACUAUUCUAUUUGGUACCUAUUUAAUUUGGAUUUUAAAUUCAAUCGUUGAACUGAUGCAAUGAUAAGAGAUGGUGCUCAAAAAUUGUCUGAAACUGCUCAAGCGAUGGUGAUCAAGAGUUCCUGAUCUUUGAGAAUUAUGACAAUUUGGACCUCAGGAGUAUGGAUUUGAGUGACCUUUCUACCUCGCUCAUUGCGUGCUCUGUGCAUGCAUCGAUCUAUGAAGAUGAAGAACACAAGGAUCGAUUUGAAGCCCUUUUCCGUGUUUAUGAUGAACAUGCCACAUUCCAAUUAUUCAAGAGUUUUCAGAGAGUACAGAUAAAUUUCAGCAACCGUGAGGCAGCUGCCCAGGCACGAAUAGAACUUCACGAAUCUGACUUCAAUGGCACCAAACUCAAACUUUAUUUUGCACAGGUCCAAGAUACCCAAGAUCAUGCCAAAAAUUCAUACUUGGCUCCACCACCACCCAUGAAACAGUUCCUCAUCUCCCCUCCUGCUUCGCCGCCAGUUGGGUGGCGUCCAAUUGAAGAUGCUACUCCGAGCAUUAAUUACGACUUGCUGCGUGCAAUUGCUACUCUUGGUCCAGGUGAAAAGUACGAGGUCCACACAGGGUCGGAGGGUACCCCAAGCGUUGUAGUACAUAUCUGCGAUAGUGAAAAUGAGGAUGAAGGUGCAGUGAAGGCACCAAAACAACAAAUGGUUCAAACAAGGCGACCAGAUAAUAUGCCGGCAGGGAAGAAGUGAACCGUCUUGUCUGCCUGUCGUCUGAGACCAGAUCAUUCUCUGCAGCGACACUCCAUCAGCUGUCUCUUGUUUUCUUGAGGACUGUUUUUAAAAAAAAAGUUGAGAUUUGGGUGAUUGCCUAAUUAAAGAACAACUGUAAGGACUCCAUUAUUUGUGGUGUUGAAGCUUUAUUCCAGAAUAUUGAGGCUUCAUCAAUAUAGGUUUGCUGAUGGGGAAUUAAAUGGCAUAACGGUUUGUGGGCUGCAUCCCCCUCCCCCUUCCCCAUUCUCCAAAAUAGCUUCAAAUCCAUAAUGCUGUUAUCCAGCCUCAGUGUUCACUCAGAGCUGUUCUUCAGCACUUAACAGAUGCAGGGUAUGUAACUGUUGCUAUUGUCUCUUAUUGCAGUAUUGUUAUCACUGUUCCUGUAUGUGCAUGUGCGUUUUUGUAUGUUAUAAUGAACCACAUAAGGGGGAAGUAAAUGCUCUGGCGCCUGUGUUCUUCUAAAACUUCUUGCUAAUUAUAUUGUGAGUGGAUGGGGCUCCAAAUAUGAGGGAUUCUCCACUCACAUCUUUCCUUGCUGUCUCCCCCACCCCCAUUCUCUGCUCUCCUCACCCACUCCACAACAUUGCAGUGGUGAAAUAUAUAAUACUACUUGCUUUUGCAGGGGGGACGUUAUGAGCCUUGUGCAGUUUGUGCAUGCAUGUCUUCUGUCUUUGUCUUCUUUAAGGUCAGUUUGCUGGCUGAAACAAAACCAAAAAAAAAAGUUUAGGAAAGACAUAGCUGUUCGCACUUCAAGUGUUAUUUACAAGUUAAAUCUAGAUAGAGUUGCUCGGUUAAUGAGAUACCAGUGAUAACCAUCUAUUCAAUGAUGCUUGCCUAACAAUAAUGAUUUAAGACGUGAUAUGUCUUGAAAUGAUAACCUGAAAUAAAUGACACUAUUUUUUACAAUUGUUGAAGGUAACUUGAUGUGCUGCCUGAGCUUUGCAAUUUCACAUUAAAUUUCCAGAUUUAAUGGAUAACGAUGAAUUAAUUGCCACACAAUGUUACUUACUCAUAUUUUGAGGAUCAUAUGUUUGCUGUUGGAUGGUUUCUGGUGAAACAUAUUUGACAGAUGCUGAUAAUUAUUGCAAAAAUCUGAAUAAAUAAUACAACAGU